CCAAGCUUUGAAGCCGUAUGCUUUUUUAUCUUCCUCCGCUUAACUUACAGCUCAUGUAGAUAUGGCUAAACCUGCCUUGAUAUCUCCAGUCCUCAACCUAAUGCUGCCAUUGAGGUUAGUUUGACUACUCUAUAAUCCAACAGUCAGUUAACACCCAUAGCGACUAUGGUUUAGAACCCGUCUCCUGACUGUGUCAACACAAAUCAACCCUGGCCAUGCGAAUGUGUCCCGAAUCUAUAUCCACCGUGGCAUUCUCAGCGGCAUUGCUCUCCAUCUUCUCGCUUUCUUACCACAGGUAGCGCAAAAAUGGGUCAGGGGCACCUUCCCUGAAUGGUUCCUCCCCUCAACUAUUAUUUGCAAGAAGCAAAAGGAAGGGUGGGCUGAGGAGUUUGAAAACGAGAAAGCCAUGUAUGCGAAGUUGCGCGACCUUCAGGGUGUCGUCCUCCCCAAAUAUUACGGUCAGGUGACAUGGGCAGACGGCACGCCUGCUCUUCUCUUCUCAGACAUUGGCGGCAAUGCACUCUGUGAGCCUGCUGCAGCGGAGAUCUCAGAGGAUAGGUUGAGGGAGCUUCUCACCAACGCCUAUGACACGAUGGCCUUUUAUAACAUUGCGCACACGGAUGCAAAGCUGGAUAAUUUUAUUCUGGUUGGCGACAGAAUCAUGGUAGUUGACUUGGAGAUGGCAGAGGAGGGAAGACCUGAUCAGGUCAGGUCAUGGAAUGAUGGCUCUAUCUGGCAUCUCUUGAGGACGUAUAAGGACAGGCAGGGAGUUUUGUGAUCAGAAGAGGACCUUGCCUCUUUUCAAUUUAUAGUAAUCCAUUCUAGGUCCUUGCAAGACACCAGACGACACUUCCUAUUUUGUCA